AUGUCUGAUCAAAAUAAUCAACCAGAUCCCAAAGCAGAGAAUAUGCCUCAGAAUAGGCUUCUACAAGACCCUGCACAACAGCAUAUGGCGAAAAGGAGACGAGUAACUAGGGCCUGCGAUGAAUGUAGGAAAAAAAAAGUAAAAUGUGAUGGUCAACAACCAUGUAUCCAUUGUACUGUUUAUUCAUAUGAGUGCACAUAUAAUCAGCCCACCAAAAGAUCGUUACAACAUUUAACAACGUACGCGCCUUCAAAAACUAAUAACUCAUCAUCCUCACCUUUGAAACAGACAACAAAUCAAGUUAAAUCGACCUCCUCAUCCUCUAAUAUAAUAAAACUAUCACAGCGAACAGCACCACCUGUAACAGCCUUACCGACGUCAACAAACAAUACCACCACCAGAAAAUAUACAACAAAAUCAAUACGUUUACAAAGUCAGUUGGAUCGAUACAAAUUAUUGUUUGAUGGACUAUUCCCAACUCUUCCAGAUAUCAACAACUUGGAUAUACCAACAUUCUUACAAAUUUGUCAUAACUUUAGAGAGAAUUCUAGUUUCAUAGAUGAUAUCGUUAAAGAAUACUUUUUUAUAACCAACGAUACCACUUCUCCUCCCCAACAAAGUCAACUAUCUCGUUAUGGAACUCCAGAAGGUUCUGGCAGUAUCGAUUCUCAAUUGAAUGGCCCAGGUAGCGCCGGUAGUACUAACACGUUUGACCUAAGACAAUCAGAUAAUAAUGAUAAACUUCCGAUGGGGCGUGAGAUCAAAAUAAUUCUACCACCAAAACCAAUCGCCAUACAAUUCAUCAAAAAAACAUGGGAACAUUGUUGUGUAUUACUCAGAAUAUAUCAUAGGCCAUCAUUUAUUAAACAAGUCGAUGAACUCUAUGAAACAGAUCCACAUAAUUAUUCAGCCAAGCAAAUGCAGUUUCUACCAUUGUGCUAUUCUGUUAUCGCUGUCGGUGCAUUAUUUUCCAAAUCAAUUGCUAAUGAAGAACUUAAUCAUACUCCUACUGAUCUAGCUAGUGACACCAACCCUUCCACGGAUACUAAAUUUCUACAGGACGAAGGCUAUAAAUAUUUUAUUGCGGCAAGGAAAUUGAUUGAUAUUACGAGCGCUCGUUCUUUGGAUUCUAUACAAGCAAUAUUGAUGAUGUUUAUAUUCUUACAAUGUUCUGCACGUUUAUCAACAUGUUACUCGUAUAUUGGUGUUGCUAUGAGAAGUGCGUUAAGGGAAGGGUUACAUAGACAAGUUGGUCCAAACUCAGGGUUUAAUCCUAUUGAAAUUGAAAUGAGGAAACGAUUAUUUUACACUAUUUAUAAGCUGGAUAUUUACGUUAAUGCUAUGUUAGGCUUACCAAGAUCUAUUUCUGCGAAUGAUUUUGAUCAAACUUUACCGUUAGAAUUAUCCGAUGAAAAUAUUACAGAACAGGGUUAUUUCCCAGAGAACCAAAAUGGAGUACUUUCAAGUACAGGUAUCGCCAAUGAACAUACUAAAUUAUUAAUGAUAUUAGAUGCUAUUGUGGGAGAACUUUAUCCUAUUAAAAAGACGAAUACGUUUAUUUCCCAUGAAACAAUUGCGACGUUAGAACAAAAAUUGAGGAAUUGGCUCGAUGAUCUUCCAAAUGAGUUGGCUCCGAACUUAGAAAACAUUCCUCCAAGAUAUGAACGAGCCAAUAAAUUAUUGCAUUUGUCAUUCUUACAUGUGCAAAUCAUUCUCUAUAGACCAUUCAUUCAUUAUUUGUCCAGAAAUUUCGCAGAUUCAAAUUCAGACGCGCUGUCAUUACAAUGUGCUAGAAAUUCUAUCAAAGUCGCUAGAGCUGUGGUGAGGUUAGCUGAAGAAAUGUUAAAAAAGAACUUAAUAUCUGGUUCAUAUUGGUAUGCAAGUUAUACAAUAUUUUAUUCUGUCGCUACGUUGUUAUUCUACAUCCACGAAGCAGAAUUACCUGAUAAAGAAAGUGCACGUGAAUAUCAUGCAAUUUUGAAAGAUGCUCAAAUAGGUAGAGAAGUAUUAAACCAUAUUAAAGAUUCCAGUAUGGCUGCAAUGAGAACAUAUAACCUAUUGAAUAAACUCUUCGAGAAGUUGAAUUCUAAAACCAUAAUGCUUACCACGAUGCAUACAUCACCACCUCUUAAGAAUAAUAUCGUUACAAAUAAAGAAAAUCCAAUAACUACGCAAUCCCUUCCCCAAAGAUAUUUACCAGGAUAUGCUGGAGCUGAAAUGAAGCAACCUAGGCAAAUACUACAAGGAGAAGAAUCGGUAUCGAGUUAUUCAGUUUCAGAUUACCCUAGUGAUUUACAACCACCAAUUGAAAAUGAACUACUGGCUCAACCGCAACAACAGUUAUCUACAACAUCUCUACCAGUUAAUCGCGAAAAUAGAACAAAUUUUGCUCCACCUCAAAUGAAAACUUUCAAUACUACCAACAAUAGUGGUUUGAAAACUGUCAAUAGCGCUAAUAAUUUCAUGAAGCAAAAUGAAAAUCCUAUCAAUAAUGAUCCUUUGAAUCUAUCUGAUAUUUUUGGAUUUAAUGGUAACCCUGAUGAUAUACUAACUACGCAAAGUGAAAAUUUAGGAUUAGAUAAUAAUACUAAUAAUAUGGAUAAAAAUGUCGAAAAGAAGGAUAACUCAACUAUGAAUGAUAAGAUCAAAUCUGAGACAUUAGAUCAAACUGGUAUUUUGGAUGUGUUUGAUCAAUUGGACGCACAUCUCUUUGGUAAAUAUAUGCCAUUGAACUAUCCAAUGGAUCCACAAAAUGAACCACAACAGCAACAAUCACAACAACAAGGACAGUAG